AUGCCAGAGAGUUCUGAAUGCAAGAAAUCCCUGCCAUUGAGACCUUCAAGAACAGCACCUGUUAAUGAUUACUCCAACUAUCAUGUCCAUUCGGGGUCACUACCGCAAAAACAAGUGAAAAACGCAGAUAAUCAAUUAGAUGGCUACCCAAAGCUCCAAAAACUUUUUAAGCUGAAAGAACAUCAAAUAUCAGAGCACGCUACUGCGCCUUAUGGUUGUAGAAUAAGCAUCGACGAAAUGAUACCGACGUUAAAUAGUUGGAUUCAUAGAAAUCACAUAGUUUUCGAUGUUGUGAUGAUUGGAUGCUUGACAGAUAAUCAAUUCAUUUAUCCGCUUUUAACGCAGCUCCCAAUUGAUCGUCUAAUUUCAAAACCCGGGUUUCUCUUCAUAUGGGGAAGUGCUCGAAAGAUAAGCGAGCUAACAAAGUUACUACAAAAUCAAAAUUGGGCCAAAAAGUUUCGGAAGAGUGAAGAGCUUGUAUUUAUUCCAGUUGAUCGUAAUUCUCCUUUUUAUCCAGGACUCGAUCAUGAUGAUGAAUCCCUUUUUGAACGGAUGCAGUGGCAUUGUUGGAUGUGCAUAACAGGAACUGUAAGAAGAUCCACAGAUGGCCAUCUAAUUCAUUGUAACAUUGACACUGACUUAGCUAUUGAAACCAAGGAUACCCAAAAAACUGCUGUUCCUGUUCAUCUUUAUAAAGUGGCCGAGAACUUUUCAACUGCAACAAGGCGGCUUCAUAUUAUUCCAGCAAGAACAGGUAAAGAAAUUCCUGUCAAGGUAAGACCAGGUUGGGUUAUAAUGAGUCCCGAUAUAUUACUGAAUAAUUUUGAUUGCGACCGAUAUAAGGAAGAAAUUAAUAGAAUCGGAUUAAACUUAACAACGGGGCCUGACAUUGAAGCUCUACGGCCAAAAAGUCCCAUACAAAAGAAAAACCAGUGUUGA